AUGGCCCCCUCACCACCAAUGUUGACCUCGGGCGGCGACGACCACGCCGGGGAUAGCAAGCGGCGCGGCCCUCGCAAGCUGCGCAGGAAAACACCCGCCUUGUCAUCCUCGACACCCGAUCUCCCAGAGCCGCUGCUAGAUAGCGAUGAUUCAGCAGACGACGGACAUGCAGAAGUCAUGCCCACGCCCAUGUCGGUCAAUAUGAACCAGAGUAUUUUUGGUCUUAUUGCUGCAGCCGGCUCCCGAGUCGACUUUAAUACUCGCUUCGAUGGCAACAGCAGUGACGAGGAGGAUGGCUCCAAAGAAUCUCCAUCCAGUCCCCCCAGUACCUCGCAAACGACUGUACUCCGUCCCGAUACGAAGAAGCACAAAAAGUCUCUCUCGAAACACAGACUACUCAAGUCGAUCGCGACGCUGCCAAGACUUAAGCCCAAGUCCAAGCACGAGUCAAGCAGGUCGUCGCAGCCAGAGCCCUCUACCGACGAGCCUAGCCAGUCCGAUGACGCCAACGAGACUCAAAUUUCAUCGUCUCCCGGGGCAGAAGCGCGUCCCGCUCGGCGACCCUCGGUCAUGAGUCGCAUGCUGCAAGCCAGGGCAGAGAUGUCAAGCCGUCCCAGCUUCGAUAUGGAACGCCGAUCCGCCGACUUGAGACGAUCAGAGGAUGAGAAUGAUGAGACGACUCCACUAGCUCGUCGCUUAAUGGAGAUAUUUGGGUUCAGUGAGCCCGAGCAAGUCAUACAAGAAUACCCCUGCUGGCUAUUGCAAAGUGUCCUUUUGCAGGGUUUCUUGUACAUCACCUCAAGACAUAUUUGCUUUUAUGCUUAUUUACCUAAGAAAGAGAACAUUGUCGCUAAAUCUGGCUACUUAUCCAAAAGCGGCAAACGCAAUCCUAAAUAUAACCGUUAUUGGUUCCGUCUCAAAGGCGAUGUCCUCUCAUAUUAUCGCGACGCGACGAACUUGUAUUUCCCCCAUGGCCAGAUUGAUCUUAGGUUUGGCAUCUCAGCCAGUGUUGCGGACAAGGACAAAGAUGGGCUACAUUUCGAGGUCGUCACGAAUCAGCGCACUUACAACUUUAGAGCUGACAGCGCACCCAGCGCCAAGGAAUGGGUCAAGAGCCUCCAGAGAGUCAUAUUUAGGAGUCACAAUGACGGUGACAGCGUCAAGAUCUCGCUGCCGAUUGAAAACAUUAUCGACGUAGAAGACACCCAAAUGGUCGAAUUUUCCGAUACUUGCAAAAUUCGUGUCAUUGACAACGAUGAAACUUAUGCGAUCGAUGAGUACUUCUUCUCGUUCUUCUCCUUCGGCAAAGAAGCCAUCAAUGUCUUGAGAAUUCUUGUCGAGGACUCCGCAGCCAAAAAACAGCGAGGGAAAGAUACGGCUAUUGCUGGCACAUCUUCACAGCCGGAGACGGGUCCGGCUAAAAUCCAUACUGGCAAGAUACAGGAGACUGUCAAAGCAACUCUCUCCCCGCUUUCGCCGCAUCGCUCGGCAAAUGCAAGCCCCCGUGGAAGUGUCGAGGUUUCAUCUAGGACUAGUAGAGAUGGUUUCGGCGCGGAUCGAUCUAGCCAUGACCACCAGAAACCGCUCAACAGCUCAUUCAACGAUCGUAGUCCACGCAGGAGCUUCAGCGGUUCGAGGCCGCGCAGCCGACUUUCCGAUGGAGGCAAGACUCCCAGGACGACGUUUGUCGCGUCAGAUUCCAAUUUUCAAUCUGAGAAAUCAUCCACGGAAGACCCAAGCUUUAUCAGCAUGACUGCAUCUGGUGCCGAGGAUCCGUCGGCCAGCCAGAUCUUACAUGGCAGCGAUGCGUUUCAGCGACCAACUAUUAUGCGUUCGCAUCCGACCGAGCAGGGAAACUCAAACAGCCCAAGCCAGAGUCAGAUUCUGGAUCCUGGACGUGAUGCCCCAUUCCGUCCCGCCCGCCACGCUGCAACGACCGGGCAUUUGGAUCAACUGCGACAGGAGGAUGAGCAAGAGAAUCGUGAUGGAGAGCGGCCACUUACACCUAGUCUUCAAAGUAUCACCAAAAUGGGCACGUAUCCCCUGCAGCGGGCUGGUGCCUUUGCGGACUACUUGAACAAGACGAGCAAACGCAUGAGUUCACUUUUGGCCACCGAAUCUAUGGGCUAUGUGGAAAAAGUGUCAGGCAUGUGGAAAGGCGGCGGGAAGCACUAUGAUGAGCCCGCUGGCCUUCGAGGUGAUGACGACGACCUUGAAGAAGAUUCCGAUGGAAAAAUACAAACAUCCAUGGAGCGGUUCCGGGCACAUUUUGCAUUGCCCGACACAGAAAGACUUCAGGCUACCUACUUCGGUUAUAUUCUGCGCGUUUUGCCUCUGUACGGCAAAAUUUACAUCAGCGACAAAUCAUUCUGCUUCCGAAGCCUCCUUCCUGGAACCCGCACCAAGUUGAUUCUUCCCCUCAGAGAUAUCGAGACUGUUCAUAAAGAGAAGGGGUUCCGAUUCGGCUACUCGGGCCUUGUUCUCGUCAUUCGAGGACACGAAGAGCUAUUCUUUGAGUUCAGACAAAGCGACAUUCGUGACGAUUGUGCUGUCACACUGCUGCAAGACUUGGAGGCGCAUCGCUUUCUCGAAGGAUCCGACACGCACCCUGAGAUUGUUCAGGACGAUGAUGAAUAUGUUGCUGAGAGAGAUGCGCUGAAGACUGCUCGACAGGAAGAAUUCCCUAAUCAUGAAUUGGAACUACCUCAUGAGGUGUCAAGUAUGCCCAAUGCGCCUACAAUCUUGCUCGAGGACACGGAUGCGUCGUUUUUAAGCUUCAAGCCAUCCACUCCCAUGAAAAUCACUUGCUUGACUAUUGGCUCAAGAGGUGACGUUCAGCCAUAUAUAGCCUUGUGUAAGGGUUUGCUGGCCGAAGGUCACAAGCCUCGCAUUGCGACUCAUGCAGAGUUCCAAGGCUGGGUCGAGUCUCACGGCAUUGAGUUCGCAAAAGUCGAAGGUGACCCAGCUGAGCUGAUGCGUCUCUGCAUCGAGAAUGGUACUUUUACGCUAGCGUUCCUGCGAGAGGCCAAUGCAACCUUCCGAGGCUGGCUGGAUGAGCUUCUUGACUCUGCUUACACCGCCUGCGAAGGCUCAGAUCUGCUGAUUGAGUCCCCUUCAGCGAUGGCAGGAAUUCACAUUGCAGAGAAGCUGGGAAUUCCAUACUUUAGAGCAUUCACCAUGCCAUGGACCCGCACGCGCGCCUAUCCUCAUGCUUUCAUUAUGCCUGAGCAUAAGAUGGGUGGUGCAUACAAUUAUAUGACUUACGUCAUGUUUGACAACAUAUUCUGGAAGGCCACUGCCCAGCAAGUCAAUCGUUGGAGAAACAAGACGCUUGGUCUCCCAAACACCAGCCUGGAAAAGAUGCAGCCGAACAAGGUCCCAUUUCUCUACAAUUUUAGCCCUUGCGUUGUGGCACCCCCGCUGGAUUUCUCGGACUGGAUCAGAAUCACUGGAUACUGGUUCUUGGAUGAGGAAGACAAGUAUACACCGCCGAAGGAGCUUGCCGACUUCAUUCAACAGGCGCGGGAUGAUGGCAAGAAGCUAGUGUACGUCGGCUUUGGGUCCAUCAUCGUCAAUGAUCCUGUCAAAAUGACCAAAGAAGUCAUUGACGCUGUCUUGAAAGCGGACGUGAGGUGCAUCUUGUCCAAAGGAUGGUCUGACCGUAUCUCGUCGAACGAGGACCCAAGCAAGAAACGUCCCGAAGAGCCCGAAAUGCCACCCGAGAUUCACGUCAUCAAAUCCGCGCCUCAUGACUGGCUGUUUAAGCAGAUUGAUGCUGCUGCACAUCACGGAGGCUCCGGCACUACUGGCGCGAGCCUGAGAGCUGGUCUACCUACUAUCAUUCGGCCAUUUUUUGGCGACCAGUACUUUUUUGCCAGCCGUGUCGAGGACCUUGGCGUUGGUGUGUGGGUGAAGAAAUGGGGCACGCAGAGCUUCGGCAGGGCACUCUGGGAAGUGACACGCAACGAGCGAAUGAUUGUCAAGGCCAAGGUGCUUGGCGAACAGAUUCGAAAGGAUCAUGGCGUUGAUACGGCGAUUCAAUCCAUCUACCGUGACAUGGAGUAUGCCACGAGUCUGAUCAAGCGCAAGGCGGGCAAGAAUGGUCGGCCAGAGCCUGACGAGGACGAUGAGGAGACUGAAGAGAGCUGGACUUUUGUAGGAGGUGACGAGCCCGACCCCGACAUGGUGACCAAGAAGCUGAGCGAGGAGCUGGGAAACUUGGUCCUCGGAAAAGAGAAGACUGUGAAGAACGAUGCAGUAUCGGGCGACGCAUGA